AUGACCGAGACCGGCCUCGGCGCUGCGGCCCCCAUCACGAUCUGCGACGCGCUCGCCAAGACGGUCAAGGAGAACCGCGAGAAGCCGUGCCACCACAUCAAGAAGGACGGCGUCUGGACCAUCAAGACGUGGGGCGAAGUCCAUGCCGAAGUUGAGUCCUUUGCCAAGAGUUUGAUCCACAUUGGCCUCGAACCGUUCGAGUGCGUCAGCAUCAUUGGCUUCAACGCGUCCGAGUGGGUCGUCGCCAACCUCGGCGCGAUCAUGGCCGGUGGUCUCUCGGCUGGUGUGUACACGACGAGCAACCCCGAGGCGUGCCACUACAUUGCCGAGCACUCGGAGUCGCGCGUCGUUGUCUGCGACGGUGUCACGCAGCUCGAGAAGUUUGUCUCGGUCGCAGACAAGCUGCCCAACUUGAAGGCGUUGAUUAUCUACAACGACGUCGUGCCCGCGGACCUCAAGUGCCCCGUGCCGAUCGGCGCGGACGUUGCCGCCGAGAAGCUCCAGGAGCGCAUUGCCAACCAGCGCCCGGGCCACUGCGCGACGCUCAUCUACACGUCGGGCACGACCGGCCACCCGAAGGCCGUCAUGUUGUCGCACGACAACAUCACGUGGACGGUGUUUGCGACCGUGGUGACGUACGGCCGCACGGGUGUCACGUUCUCGAACAGCGAGGCGCUCGUGUCGUUCUUGCCGCUCUCGCACAUUGCCGCGCAGCUCUUUGACAUUUACCUCCCGAUCAUGAACGGUGUCCGCAUCUGGUUUGCGCAGCCCGAUGCCCUCAAGGGCUCGCUCGGCGCGACGCUCAAGGAAGCUCGCCCGACCUUCCUCUUUGCCGUCCCGCGUGUCUGGGAAAAGAUGAUGGAGAAGAUGAUCUCGGUCGGCGCGUCGACGACCGGCAUCAAGAAGUCGCUCGUCACGUGGUGCAAGGACGUUGGUUUCCGCAAGAACCAGCUCGCCCAGUACGGCCAGUCGGGCGGUCUUCCGUGCGGCUACACGAUCGCGCAAAAGCUCGUCUUUGGCAAGGUCCGUGAAGCGCUCGGCCUCGACCAGUGCCGCGUCUUUGCCUCGGGUGCGGCGCCGAUCAGCAACGAAACGAUCAACUUCUUCAUGGGCCUCGACAUGCCCAUCUACGAGUUCUUUGGCCAAAGCGAAAGCACGGGCCCGACGUCCUUGUGCUUGGCCGAGCAGUGGAAGGUCGGCACGGUCGGUCGCGAGCUCGAGGGCACGCGCAUGAAGGUGCUCGACGACACGCAGGAGCUCGUCGCCCAGGGUCGCAACACGAUGAUGGGCUACCUCAAGCAGGAAGACGUGACGAAGGACACGAUUGAUACCGAGGGCUGGCUCCACUCGGGCGAUUGCGCCAAGAUUGACGACGAUGGCUUUGGCUCCAUUACGGGUCGCAUCAAGGAACUCAUCAUCACGGCCGGUGGUGAAAACAUCCCGCCGGUCCUCCUCGAGGACGCUGUGAAGGAAGAACUUGCCGUGCUCUCGAACGUCAUGGCUAUUGGUGACCGCCGCAAGUUCUUGACAGCGCUCUUCACGCUCAAGGUUCUCGUUGACGGUGAGGGCAACCCCACGGACAAGCUCGAGUCGACGGUGGCGACGACGCUCCAGUCGAUUGGCUCGUCGGCGACGACGGUCUCGGAAGCGCGCGAGUGCCCCAAGUUCAACGCGCACCUCAUGGCCGGCUUGAAGAAGGCCAACGCGCGCGCCGCGUCGCGUGCCCAGCACAUCCAGAAGUUCCACAUUCUCGACCACGACUUCAGCGUCAACGGCAACGAACUCACGGCCACACUUAAGCUCAAGCGCCGUGUCGUCGUCGACAGCGGAGGAUGCUAG